AUGGCAGAGGAAAUCAGCAGAAGUACAAUGAAACUGGUAAACAAAAACUUCCUUUCCAGCGAAGAGAAGUUGAUUCUUCCAUAUAAAACAGAUACUGAAGCAUUAUUCGAGGCGCGUGCAGACGAUCCAAGUGUAGAAGGAUAUGAUUCAGAAGACUAUGAAGAUUCGUCGAUGGAAUAUGUUCCACUAGAUGUUAAAGCUGAAGUCGUCGCCCUUGCCGAAUGGGUGUCUCCUCUCCUAUAUAAGGUGUGCGCCACGUUCCGAGGGCAUUGCCGCAUCGUCUCACUCACAGGAAAUCACCAUGGGAGGCCCCGUGCUCAAGACGCUGGUGGUGCUGUUGGUGACAGCGGUGGUGUCCUACGCGUCCGCGUUGCCUGCCACUGCUGGAGCCCCUGGUGCAGGCAGGGAGUCGCUGACCCCUGCAGAGAGCUUCGCGUUCGGCUUCGGGUGGGGACCCUGGGGCUGGCGCGCUUGGCCUGGUUAUGGAUUUGGGUAUCCUUUCUGGGGCUAAAGACCACACCGACGCAUCUCAAGUUUGUGAAGAUGUCAACGCCCGCUUUGGAAUUCACUGAAAGGAAUCUCAAAGCUCAAACACUGUAUUUUAAAGCACUGAAUAAUAAAAAACUGUUGCAAACAUAAGAUACUUUAUUUGAAUUAGGUAUGUUUAAAAU